AUGUCUUCCAACUUGCAUCCUGCCCUAGCCGUGAACAACAUACGGAAUUUCAUCCCCAUCAUCUCGGAUUUGGAAAACUCUCAAUAUCUCUCGUGGGCGGAGCUAUUCAAGAUUCAUGCUACGGCAUAUGAGGUCAUGGAUCAUAUCAUUACCCCACCGGUGUACGAAUCUUCCACCCCUCCUGCUACCGUCGAGAAAGCACUAUGGGCACGUCUCCAUGCCAUAGUUCUCCAGUGGGUUUAUGGAACCAUAUCAAAUGAUCUUCUUCACACAAUUCUCGAACCUGGUUCCACCGCGAAGCAAGAAUGGGAACGACUUGAAAACAUCUUUCAGGACAACAAAAGCUCUCAUGUCGUUGCCCUUGAGAGUCAAUUCUCUCACGUUGAGUUAAGUAAUUUUCCUAAUGUUACUUCUUACUGUCAACGUCUUAAAAUGCUUGCAGAUCAACUUAAGAAUGUUGAUGCUCCUGUCACUGAUCAACGGCUUGUGCUUCAAAUGGUUGCUGGCCUUACAGAAGAUUAUGCUCACAUGGGGGCGAUAAUCAAGCACUCCAAGCCACUUCCCGACUUCACAGAGGCUCGUUCCAUGCUAGUCUUGGAGGAAGACGGUAAGGAACCAAGGCCUCCAAACACUACUGCCCUCAAUGCCUCGAGUAACGGUGGCGAUGAUGAUGACCGUCCACCCUCCAAUAUUUCUAUCUCUCAUGGCCAUUCUUCUCAUGGGCCCCGUAACAAUCACAACAAAGGAAAAGGUCGUGGGGGAAGAGGCAAGCAUCAUGGUAACGGCGGUGGUGGCAAGGGCCGCGGUGGCGGUGGCGGCUCUGGCAGGGGAAACGACGGUGGUGGCAAGGGUACUGGCGGUGGUAGUUGGCCAUCUCACCCUUCGUGGCAUCAGCCCAUGUAUGGGUCUUGGGGUCCUCCUCAAUGGACACCCCCUCCAUGUCCUUACCCAACCAACAAUUGGGCCAGACCACCUGUACCAUCAUCUAGAGGCCCAAACCAUAAUUCAGGAGGUAUACUUGGGCCUCAUCCUCAACAGCAGCAAGUUUAUGCUGCAUGGCCCAACAGUUGA